AAACCACCAGAAGAGGGGGAGAAAGGGAGGGGGAAGGAGAGGGGUGAGUAGUAAGGGGUGGAGGGAGGCGUGAGGGAGGCUGUGGGAGGCGGGGGCCUCCGAGUGGAAGGAGGGAGCAGAAGGGCGGGGCAAGAGGCCCAAACGAGGACAGACUCCAACUCCGACUUCUUCAGCGGCUCUCGGUUUGUCCCCUGCUCUGAGCCUGGCAUCUGGCGGCCAUGUCCCUCCUCCUGUUAGUGGUCUCUGCCCUUCACAUCCUCAUUCUCAUCCUGCUUUUUGUGGCCACUUUGGACAAGUCCUGGUGGACUCUCCCAGAGAAGGAGUCCCUGAACCUGUGGUAUGACUGCACUUGGAACACCACCACCCAGACAUGGGCCUGCAGUAAUGUCAGUGAGAACGGCUGGCUGAAGGCAGUGCAGGUGCUCAUGGUGCUCUCUCUCAUCCUCUGCUGCCUGUCCUUCAUCCUCUUCAUGUUCCAGCUCUACACCAUGCGAAGAGGAGGGCUUUUCUACGCCACCGGCCUCUGCCAGCUUUGCACCAGUGCAGCUGUGUUCUCUGGGGCACUGAUCUACGCUCUCCAUGCUGAGGAGAUCCUGAAGAGGCACCCACCUGGCGGUAGCUUCGGUUACUGCUUCGCCCUGGCCUGGGUGGCUUUCCCACUCGCCCUGGUCAGUGGCAUCAUCUACAUCCACCUGCGGAAGCGUGAAUGAAGGCUGUGUCCCCAGAAAAUAAAUCCAUCUAGCCACGAGCCUAA